AUGGCUUUUACCGUCGACAACUGCUGCUUUUUGAUCACAGGUGCCGUUCUUGGAACGCUCCUUCCGGCUGCCGUUCCCUAUCUUCUCGAAGUUUUCCCUUUCCGAUCGCUGGCGUUCUUGGUGCGAGGCGUCAGCCAGCGGUGUCGUACAAGUGCUCGUCCUUGGGCGCCCCUUGAGAACCUGCCCCUAGAGGUCCUGGAGCAAGUACUCGUCCACUGUCAUGCAGAUGAUGUCGCUCGCAUCGCUUUGGCGAGCCCACGUCUUGCGUACUUGACACGGCGCUAUCGGUGGAACAAGGUGUCGGUUCAGGCAGGCGAGCCUUACUACAGUUUUAGAGAGUGGAGUCUGCAAGCGGCGAUGACGGGGACGCAAAGCUUGCGCUCGUUGCAGAUUGUCAUUCCGGGGCUGGACAUCACCUUUCCGCUUUGCCGAGAGCUUCGUCGGGAUUUGUGUGACUUUGUCCGGCAGGUUGCUUUUCCCAGCCGUUGGUCGCCAGAGUCUCUUGCGUUUCUCGCAGUCGUCGCCGCUCUAUCGCCGGAAAAUGCGCACACCUUGGUCCUCGGCAGCAGCACGAACGAGCGCAAUUGGUGGUCGACCUUGCAGCGCGUCUGGGUGCCGUCUACAAUGGACUCUAUGGUCGCUCGCGCGCGAGUCCUUCGGUUUGUGAACGCAACCAGAAGUGGGCUGCAUUUCGCGCUGUCGAGGAGGGUGUCCGGCACUAUCGCUCACGUGUCCGAGGUCGUGCAAAUCGUCGAGAUCAAGCACACAACAGACUCUCCGGAGUGGCACACGGGCGAAGACUGGUCCGAUCUAGGGUGGGGCGCUGUUGCAGGUCCUGAGGCAGAGGUGGACACGCGGGUGAAGGCGAAAGCUCUUCACGUGGACAUGACGAACGGUGUUCUGCGUCUCCUGCAGCAUCUAUAUUUCCCUUGCCUUACUGUCCUCGUCUUCGAUCUCGGUUAUUUCCGUCAAAGCGAGUGGGAUGUCAUCUCUCGCCUGCUGCGAGACAGCGCCUCCACCCUUACAGAGCUCGGGUUUUUUGCGAGCAGGCUCGGCAAUUCGGGGCUAGCGGGGCAUUGCUCCAUUGACGAUCUCCCCCUUCUCCAAGCUGUUCGAACGGAUUGGAAGGCGCUCGCCUACUUGCCCGACCUCCAGACGAGGACGCGCGCAGGUAUCGUCGAGAUGUUCGUGGACGGCUAUUUCUCGAACAUAGCCACGACCGACGACAUCAACGCGGCCUGUAGGGUUCUCCGCGGCGGUCAUUGGGGACGCAUCACCUUCUUCGACACGCCUUUCCUUCGGUGUUCAGACAACAAGGAGUUCCGCCGUCGUCGGCACGCGGACUUGAUGGAAAUUCUGCAGAUCCGUGACUUGAACUUCGAUUAG